AUGUCUUCCUUACGACUUGCCUAUAUUUUUGCAAUUUUUGGGCUCCUUGCCUUUUACCUUAGUGACAAAACAGUAGCAGAAGAUGAGGAUGAAAGUUCGGCUGAUUCGGAUUCCUAUGAUUCCGAGUCCUACAAUGACUCUUAUGAAGAUGGAAGUCAAGAUCAAGAAGAAGGCUCAAAUGACGGAGAAGAAGAUGCGGCACCAGACGACGCAUAA